CGGGUGCGCGAGAAAAAUCUUGCUAGCGCGAACGUGCUGCCUGCGACCAACCGGUGUGUCUUUCAUUAAAAACAACAGGAUUGUCCUUAUUUACCUCGAGGAAGUUCCGAAAAUUCUCAACGGCUCUUAAACGGUAUCACACAAGGCACCUAAUAACAAACGAGAUACCUGAACGGAAAAGGAAAAUCGACAAAAAUGUCCGAAAGCGCAAACUGCGUGGAACAGCGGGAAGAGCAGGCUGAAGUUGAAGACGCCGGAGGAGCGGAGGAGAAGUCUGACUCUUCAGAUGCUGGAAAAGAGUCCUCUUCAGAUGCAGGUGCUGAUGGACAAGAUGCCUCCUCCUCCUCAUCUUCCUCCAAAACUAAAGACUCUACUCCAGGUUAUGAGGAGAAAGUGCAAACAGACCGGACCAACAGAUUUGAGUAUCUGUUGAAGCAAACAGAGCUGUUUGCUCAUUUCAUCCAACCAGCUGCACAGAAGACCCCCACCUCACCGCUCAAGAUGAAACCAGGACGCCCUCGUAUCAAGAAGGAUGAGAAACAGAAUUUGCUUUCAGCUGGAGACAACCGCCACCGUCGCACGGAGCAAGAAGAGGAUGAAGAGCUUCUUAACGAGAGCACAAAGACCACAAAUGUGUGCACUCGCUUUGACGAGUCUCCCUCCUAUGUGAAAACGGGGAAGAUGAGGGACUAUCAGGUCCGCGGUCUGAACUGGCUCAUUUCUUUGUAUGAGAAUGGAAUCAACGGUAUCCUUGCCGAUGAAAUGGGAUUGGGUAAGACUCUCCAAACUAUUGCACUGCUGGGUUAUAUGAAGCACUACAGAAACAUCCCUGGUCCUCACAUGGUGCUGGUUCCCAAGUCCACCCUCUACAACUGGAUGAAUGAGUUCAAGAGAUGGGUGCCUUCCCUUCGUGCUGUCUGCCUGAUCGGAGACAGAGAUGAGCGGACUGCCCUGAUCCGAGAUGUGCUGCUGCCUGGAGAGUGGGAUGUGUGCGUGACAUCCUACGAGAUGCUCAUCAUUGAAAAGGCGGUGUUCAAAAAAUUCAACUGGAGAUACCUGGUCAUUGAUGAGGCUCACAGGAUCAAGAACGAGAAGUCAAAGUUAUCAGAAAUCGUGCGUGAAUUUAAGACCACCAAUCGUUUGCUGUUGACUGGAACACCCCUGCAAAACAACCUCCAUGAGCUGUGGGCUCUCCUGAACUUCCUGCUGCCUGAUGUCUUCAACUCAUCAGAAGACUUUGAUUCCUGGUUUGACACAAAUAACUGCCUGGGUGAUCAAAAGUUGGUUGAACGUCUUCACACUGUGCUGCGUCCUUUCUUGCUUCGUCGUAUUAAAGCAGACGUGGAGAAAACUCUGCUCCCCAAGAAGGAGAUCAAGAUUUACGUUGGCCUGAGUAAGAUGCAGCGGGAGUGGUACACGAAGAUUCUGAUGAAGGACAUCGACAUUCUGAACUCGGCGGGUAAAAUGGACAAGAUGCGUCUGCUGAAUGUUCUCAUGCAGCUGAGAAAAUGCUGCAACCAUCCUUACCUGUUUGAUGGGGCUGAGCCCGGCCCGCCAUACACAACAGACAUCCACCUGGCGGUGAACAGCGGCAAGAUGGUGGUGCUAGACAAGCUGCUGCCUAAGCUAAAGGAGCAGGGUUCACGUGUGCUCAUCUUCAGUCAGAUGACCAGGAUGCUGGACAUCUUGGAGGACUACUGCAUGUGGAGGAACUACGGUUACUGUCGCCUGGAUGGGCAAACUCCACACGAGGAGAGACAGAUCUCCAUCAAUGCUUUCAAUGAGCCCAACAGCUCAAAGUUCAUCUUCAUGUUGAGCACCAGGGCUGGAGGGCUGGGUAUUAACCUGGCAACAGCAGAUGUAGUCAUCCUCUACGACUCAGACUGGAACCCUCAAGUCGAUCUUCAGGCCAUGGACCGAGCUCACAGGAUUGGUCAGCAGAAGCAGGUGCGAGUUUUCCGUUUCAUCACCGAAAACACAGUGGAGGAGAGGAUUGUGGAGAGGGCCGAGAUGAAACUGCGCCUGGACUCGAUCGUCAUCCAGCAAGGGAGACUUGUGGAUCCGAGUGCAAACAAACUGGGUAAGGAUGAGAUGCUCUCCAUCAUCCGCCACGGUGCCACACACGUGUUUGCUUCCAAAGAGAGCGAGAUCACAGAUGAUGACAUCGAUGCCAUCCUGGAGAGAGGUGAAAGGAAGACUAUGGAGAUGAAGGAGAGAAUGUCAUCGCUGGGCGAGAGCUCUUUGAGAAACUUCACCAUGGACACGGAGAACACCAGCGUGUACACCUUCGAAGGAGAGGACUACAGAGAGAAGAAGAAGGUCAUUACAAACUGGAUCGAGCCGCCCAAGAGAGAAAGGAAAGCCAAUUACGCGGUGGAUGCCUACUUCAGAGAAGCUCUGCGAGUCAGUGAGCCCAAAGCACCAAAGGCUCCUCGUCCUCCUAAGCAGCCAAAUGUGCAGGACUUCCAGUUCUUCCCUCCGCGUCUUUUUGAGCUUCUAGAAAAGGAAAUUCUCUUCUACAGAAAGACCAUUGGAUAUAAGGUUCCUCGCAAUCCAGACAUACCAAACUCUGCUCAGGUCCAGAAGGAGGAGCAGGCUAAGAUCGAUGAGGCCGAGGCCCUCACAGAGGAGGAACUGGAGGAGAAGGAAACCCUUCUGCAACAGGGAUUUACUAUUUGGAACAAACGUGACUUCAACCAGUUCAUCAAAGCAAACGAGAAGUGGGGGAGAGAUGAUAUUGAGAACAUUGCCAGAGAGGUUGAGGGGAAAACUCCGGAGGAAGUCAUGGAAUAUUCUGCUGUAUUCUGGGAGCGCUGCAAUGAGUUGCAGGAUAUUGAAAAGAUCAUGGCUCAGAUAGAAAGAGGAGAGGCCAGGAUUCAGAGGAGGAUCAGCAUCAAGAAAGCACUGGACUCAAAGAUUGGCCGCUACAAGGCUCCUUUCCAUCAGCUCCGUAUCUCCUACGGCACUAACAAAGGCAAGAACUACACAGAGGAGGAAGACCGCUUCCUCAUCUGUAUGCUUCACAAGCUCGGCUUUGAUAAGGAGAGCGUGUACGACGAGCUCCGCCAGUGCAUCCGCAACUCACCACAGUUCCGCUUCGACUGGUUCCUCAAAUCUAGGACUGCAAUGGAGCUCCAGAGGCGAUGCAACACCCUGAUCACCCUGAUAGAGAGAGAGAACAUGGAGCUGGAGGAGAGGGAGAAGGCGGAAAAGAAGAAACGGGGCCCAAAGACCGGCUCAGCGCAGAAACGAAAGUCAGAGGGAACUCCAGACGGUCGAGGACGAAGGAAAAAGCUCAAGUUGUGAAGCUGUUGGAAAAACCCGCAUUAACAGAAUUAAAGACGGCAGCCAGCUAUCAUUAGUCCUAGUGUCUGUGUUUGUUUGCAGGCUGUGAUAAUGUACUGUGUAAAAUCCCUGACGGACUGAUAUGGUUGUUUUAGGUUCUAGGAAGUGUUUCUUUACAAGCCUGCCUUGUUGUCACUUACCUAAACACUGCAGCUGUGCUGGGUUAGAUUUUGUUCGCUAGUCCUUAUUUUUUACUAGUACUUAAUUGAAAUAAGUGUAUUUAUGCCUGUUGGUUGUACCACAUUCCAUUGCUUGAAACAAACAAUAUGUACCCUUUUUUAUUUUUAAGAAAACAUCUGUUCUUGUAUCUUAUAUUGUAGAAAAUGUCUUUUUGAGCAUCGCAAAUAAAUCUCCCCCCUUUUUUAAAAAAAACAAACAAACAAAAAAGC